GGGCCUCCAAAAUGCUAAAGACGCCCCUGAUCAUCUUCCUCCGUCCUUCUAAUUACAUUCGGACUCUCUUAAUCGUAAGUAUGAAGAUUAGCGAUCGAAGCCAACUGGAUAGACCCGAAACAUCCAUCGGUUUCUCCUUCCGUUUUAAAUCAGUUGUCAUCUUCUCCAUUUUAAUGCAGAAGCUUCCUUACCGGUCUUGGUGGCCUUUAUUGUAUCAGCAAUUUGAUCUUUUUCUUCAUGAUGGUGCAGGUACCUUUGAACUCCAUAUGCAUGAAAAGGUUCAGAACCCAAAGUUCUCUUGUGUGUCAGCAAAGUCCUCUAUAGAAGCUGCCUAGCGUCCAAAAAUUAUCAGGUCAUUGCUACUGCGCCUGGAACCACUUGCUAUUUGAUGUUGACCCACUUGAGGAAUUGCUAAAGUUGGUAAACUUCUUUUUAAAAAAACUUCAGCUUUUCAAGAAUUAUACCAAAGCUCAAUUUCUGGUUCUCUUCAAGCUUUAAUUUCUUGAUUUCCACUCACUUUUUUAGCUUUUGUGUACCCUGGUUCCCUUCCUCACGUGUUCCUAUAUCAAUCAAAACAUUCACAGAAAUAUAUUAGUAUUUGAUUAGUUAUUUUUAUUCUUUGUAAUUUUGAUUUAUUUUUCUAUUAUUUGUUACCCACUGUUAAUGUACUUAGUAGAAUUUAUGAUAUGCCAGGUGGAUAAGGAGCACAACAAAAUUCAAGCAGAUACAGAAGAUGAAGAACUUCUAUGAAGUGAAUUCUAUCUUUAAAUUAUUUGUUCCAUAGUGUUCCUCUUUAUUGUUUUAGUUUGUGCUAAAUUAGCUCUAGCUAUGUAGUAGUGAGGGAGGGUUAUAGUCUUAUAGAGUUAUAUUGUGUAUGUAUUAGUAUAACUCUAUAUAUACUUUGAUGAAUACUUGUAUAAUUACCUUUAUUUUCAAUUUAAGUUAUGUAAACACUCAGUGUUAUGUUAUUGAAAUUUAAUGUCUUGCUUUCUGUGUUUGUUA